AUGUCACACACAGGUGACGAAUUCGUUGGUAGAAAGAAACGUAAAGGAGGGGGUGGAGGUGGGGGUGGUGGAGGUCACGACGACGGCAAGAAGAAGAUGAUGAUGAUGGCGAUGAUGUGUAUGAAGAUGAAAAUGAUGAUGAUGAUCCCGGCGAUGAUGGGCAUGAUGGGAAUGAUGUCAUUCAAGGGCAUGAUGUUCAGCAUGAUGACCUUCAUGAUGUCAAAGAUGAUGUUAUUAAUGAAAAUUCUCGAAAAGAAAGGGGGUGGCGGUGGAGGGGGGGGCGGCGGCGGCGGCGGUGGUGACGGUUGGGCAGCAGGAGGCGGCGGCGGCGGAGCCUGGAUGCCAGCAGGUGGACAAGACUACGGCGGCGGCGGCGGCGGCGGCGGUUACGACGCAAACGGCCAAUGGCAAAGCAGAUCCAUCAUCGAAAACGAAAAAAACGAACCCAUAAUAUCUUACGUCACGCCUUUAGUCAGAUAUAAUAACAAUGCAAAUGGAAAGAAACCGUAUUUUACGAUUAAAAAUCUAAACGACGAGGUUAUUAAAGCGAAUGUUCAAUCGAGAGAAAGGAGAGAUAUUGUCAAUGGGUUAGAAAGUCAAAAACAAAAGAAUAAAGAAUCAAUAUCAUACGUUUCGACUGAAAAUCAAAACGACCAGUUUAUACAAAAUGCAAAAGAGAAAUCAAUCAAAACGAUAUCGCUUAACGACGUGUUGCAAAUCCAAGAUAUCAUAGAAAAUGCAGAAGUUGAACCCAAUGAACCUCUUUUAGAGAAUAAUAAUAAUAAAGCAGAGGAAGAGAAAUAUUCAAUACUAAAUAAUAUAAACGACGACAUUUUAAACGUGAAUAGUGCACCAAGGGAAAGAAGAACCCGGGAUAACUUGCAAAGUCAGUCUACUAUGAAAAACGUAGAAAAAGAAACGUACGAUCCAAUCAUAUCAUACAUUACACCGUUAGUAAGAUAUAACUCUAACGGAAAACCGUAUUCAAUAAUAAAGAACCUAAACAACGAAGCUAUCAAAAGAAAUAUCAAAUCAAGGAAGAAGAGAGGAAUAAUCGAUGUCUUACAAAAUACUUACCAGUACUGGAUUAAUCAAGUUCUUGGGCGAUAUAAAAACAAACUCAACUAUCCAAAAUACAAAAUUGUAAAUGGAGUGAAGUAUGUUUACUAUCCUUUACGGUAUAUUCAGAAAGCAAAGAAGCCUAAAGUUUUAACUGACGGUAAGCCAGAAGAAGUUAAAACAAUAAUAACGGCUGAGGAUUUCAAUAAAGGGGAAAUAGUAGAAGGGCCUGUUGAAAGUAGAAUGCAUAAGAAGAAGCUUACAAAAAUGAAAGACAAUGUAAGUGAGACGGUUGAUGAUAAUCCGUGGGAAUGACUAUAUUAUUUGAUGAAGUUUUAUGUAUUGGAAAACAUAGUUGAACCAGACUUCAGAGCGUUUAUAUUUUUGUAAACAAAUAUAUUUUGAGAUACAUACCUACUU